CGGCAUCCUCCUCCCGCCCGGGAUCCGCGCCCCGCAUCCCGCGGGAACAAAGAGCGGCGGCCGCGCCCCGCGCGGGGCACCUGCUGCUGCUGCUGCUGCUGCUGCUGCUGCUCCGCAUCCUCCCGCAUCCUCCCGCCUCCGCCCGCCCGCGCAUCAUCCUCCCGCACCCGCGGCCCCAGCGCAUCCUCCUCCUCCCGCAGCGCCGGCCGCGCCCCGCGGAGCCCGGCGGAGCUGUCCGGCCCCGGGCUCUGUCCGUGGUGCUGCCGCCGCCCCCCAAGCCCUGCCCUCGCCCGGAGCUCGGGGCCACCGCGAUCCGCCGCCCGCCCGCGCCUCCCCAGCGCGCCCGCGGCUCCCGCUCGCCCGGCAUCCUGUUGCGCCGGGUCCGCGGCGAGGAGCGGAGCAGCAUCUUCGCGGAGGAGCCUCUGCCCAGGCUGAGCGCUCGGAACAAUGGCUGCGCUGCCGCCGAUGCUCUGGGCGUCCUCGCUCGUGCUGGUGCUCUGGGCUGGUGUUUGUUCUGCAGUCUGUGUUGAAGUCCCAUCUGAGACAGAGGCUGUCCAAGGAACAGACAUGAAGCUGCUCUGCAUCUCCUGCAUGAAGAGGGAAGAGGUCACGGCCAGCACGGUGGUGGAAUGGUACUACAGGCCCGAGGGUGGAAAGGAUGAACUCAUCUACGAGCACAAGAAAACCAACCAAGAACUUCAGACCCGCUUCAGCGGUCGGAUACAGUGGAACGGGAGCAAAGACAUGCAGGACGUGUCCAUCACCGUGGUGAACGUGACCCUGAACGACUCUGGGAUCUACACCUGUAACAUCACCCGGGAGUUCGAGUUCGAGAUCCACCGGCCCCUCUUCACCAGCUCCCGGCUCAUCCACCUCACCGUGGUGGAGGAGGCUGGAGAAGACUUCACCUCUGUCAUCUCAGAAAUUAUGAUGUAUAUUCUGCUGGUCUUCCUCACCCUGUGGCUGCUGAUAGAAAUGGUCUAUUGCUACAGGAAAGUCUCCAAGGCAGAGGAGGCUGCCCAGGAAAACGCGACAGACUAUCUCGCGAUUCCAUCAGAAAACAAGGAAAACUGUGCUGUGCCUGUGGAGGAAUAGCAGAGAGGAGAGAGCAGAAUGAACGGCACCAAGGGGCUCUGAAGACAGAAGGACCACGUCAUUCCAGCCAGGUUUGAGGGGAGCUCUGCGCCGCCGGGAGGAAACGCGGGGAAGUGUAAAUUCUCUUCCAUUUGCCUUGGACUCUGUACAGCCUUGACUUUGGUCUCAUGACUCCAUCCUGAGCUGCCAGCCCAUUGCUGAAGGACUCUUCUGUUGAAGCAUGCUGAGCAAAAGGCACAGGGGUGUGGGCAGCACGGCUCCUUCCCAAGUUUCAGUUCCAUCAUCACCUCAAUGGCUUUGUAAAUGUUACGUGUCAUUCCUUAGCUGCUGUCACCACCACCUUUAUUUGCUAAAUAUGCUAGUUCUCCAUUGCAGAGCUAAAGGGUAUGGAUGUCAUGUCACUCUGACCUGCAGGACUGGGGAUGAGGGCAUUUUAGGGUGAUGUUCCACCACGUAUUGCAGACUAAACAGUCUUAUUGGUGUUAAAACAGGAAGAAUUUAAUUAAUUAGCUGCUUGGUAAAUUGAUCUGGACUUUGAGCUGCCCAUGCACAGGCAGAGUAGGGUGGCACUGUAAAGCACUAAAAUAGUUAAAAAUGUACAGUAGGAAGGAGGGGCCCCUGUGCCUGGAGGCACCUGGUUCUGGAGGGAAUUGAGAACAGAUCCUGAAAUAUUCCUGCUUUGGGAGGCAGGAUGAUGUAAGUCUGAGAAUCCCCUGUGUCCCUCCUUUCAUUUAGCAAGUGUCAAUAUUCUCAGCUCCUUCCAUCUGCCUUGCACAGCAGGUUUACUCCUGGAGUACACAGACACACACUGGUAGGAGUAACCUGUGGAGCCACGUCCUGCAACAGCAACCAGGCAAGUAGGACAAGGUAUGGGAUCCACCUCCUUCUGGGAAAUCCCAGGAAGGAAGGCAGCCUCAUGCAAGAGAAAUAACCAGGAGGCAAAGCCCUCACAGGACAAGGACAACACCUUAGUGAAAUAGUUGUACAUCUUACACUGUGACAGCUCUCUCAUGCUACAGCACAGCACCAUCUAGAGGGACAGACAGAAAACACCCAUUUUUCCCAGUUAGUCCUAAUUCUUUCUUGUGCUAAUUGCUCACUGGUUUGAAUAGUCAGCAUUCAUCCUAAAUGACCCCCUGCUGCCCAGGAAUCACGCUCUAAAUUCCCUCUUUCCUAUGCAAACUUACCUUUUCAGAGGGUUAAGCAGAGUAGAAUUUGUUUUCUGGCCUCCCACGUAGAUCAGUUGAGCUCAACAACUGGGAUUGGAAGGGGGGAAAAAGGCAGAAAGAUUGGCCAGGGUGAAAUUGUACCUUAAAGUGGGGGAGGUUUGGUUUUGUCCUAUGGCAGAUGUUACAUCCCUGCUGCAAUGGAGCCUGUACUGCUUGCUAGAGUUGACAAAUUUUGCUACACUGAUGCUUCCAAGUAGUUCCAAAGUGCUUGUGACUCCAGGCAUGCUUCCCACCUAUGGAAUUCCCUCUGCUUUGUUCUGCUGCUUUUUAUGUGUUUGCUAAAAAUCACGGAAAUUACUCCAUUUGUAAGUCAGGCCCAGGCCAGAUUUCUAACUGGCAGUUGUUCAACAGUCCUUUUUUUAGAGUGGGUGUCUAGUAAACUACUACAGUGCAGUAGGAUUGCUCCCAAAUCCAGAGCCAAGCCUGGCAACUGGAGCACACUUUCCACUUGUAGUCUGGGCACUGGUUCCCUAAAACCUCAUAUCCAAAAGGGGAAGGAAAGCAGCCCCUCUUCGAGUUCAGCUGGAUGUUAUCAUUUUCCCUACAAUGAUUUGCCUGCAUUAUCCCAACUCCAAACCCACAGCAACAGAGGAGGGAGUAGAUUGUAACUCCAGAGUUUCCAGCACUGACCACGGCGUUGAACCCACGGAGAUUUUUUUUUGUAGGUAAGGUCACAAAACUUCUCUCCCACUUCAGCUCUGCUCCUCAGCCCCUGUGAAGCACUGAAAACCCUCUGGUUAAGUCAAAAAAGGAGUAAACUAAGAACUUCUCGAGAGCUACCUCAGGUGGUAAAGAAGGGCCGUCCCCUCGUCCUGCACUUCCCUGUAUCCCACACGCAUCUCCCGGAGAUGCUUUAUCCUUUUUUUUGGGACACAUCUUUCACUUUUCCAGUUCCUGCAGACAGAUGUGGUGUUGUAGGCAGGAGAAAAACAACGUGCAAAGUUUUGCUGGAGAAUCUCACAGGAAAAAAGAGUAACAACUGAAAAACUGGGGUGGGUUUCAAGGCUGGUGGUAAAGGUUGGUCUCUGCAAAGACUCUCUGUGUUCAGACACGACAGGAGAGACUCCAGAACAGGCAGGAUAAUAAAGAGAACAAAGACUCA